AUGCCUGACUAUGUGCAGGCCGUGCCAAACUGCCUGGCAUGGCUCUUCCGCGAGUCCGGCCCCGAGUGGCGAGAGAUCUGGGACUAUCAGUUCGAGUGGACUGCCGACCACCGCACCGCCGAAGAGAUGCGGCCCAUGAUCUAUACCUACGACAAGUUGGGCGAGGCAGCCCUGAACCGGCUCGACGAGAUCUCACCGCCUGACAAGACGGGCGAAAAGGGCGAAAAGCCCACCCCAGAUGCUGAGAAGAAGGCGCCGCGCGACCUCUAUGCUCUCGUCCGCGACAAUGCCGACACAGAUGAGGCACUCGGCCAGCUCUGGAAAGAAGUAACAUCAGUCCCCGAAUGGGUCGACUGGGCCCAGAUUGAACGCGGGCAGCACGUCUUUCUCCGCUACGCCGGGCCCGCCAUAUUCGCCCUCGCUUUCCAAUCUCUCGUCGGCGGCAUGGGCUCCCGCCGCGUCGUUGAGACGCUCGCACGCACAGGCGGCUUCGGCGUCAACGUCACCCGGCGUCGUCUCCUCGAGACAUUCCAGCACGUCCUGCAGGUGACUUCUUCGCUGCCAGCCAUACAGCCGCACGGCGACGGCUUCGCCUCGACAAUCCGCGUACGGCUCCUGCAUGCCGCCGUGCGCCGGCGCAUCCUGGCGCUCGCGGCUCAGAAGCCCGAGUACUACUCUGUCGAGGCCAACGGGAUACCGAUCAAUGACCUCGACUCGGCCGGCACCAUCGCCACCUUUUCGGCGACGCUCCUCUGGAUCGGCCUGCCGCGCCAGGGCAUCUUCCUAUCGGCGCGCGAAAAGGCCGACUACAUCGCCCUCUGGCGCUGGGUCGGCCACGUCAUCGGCGCGCCGACGGAUCCUUUCGCCACGCCCGCCGCUGCCCGCGCCACCAUGGAAUCGCUCCUGCUCUCGGAGCUGCACCCCUCGGCCACGUCGGCGACGCUCGCCAACAACGUCCUCACCGGCAUGGCCGACCAGCCGCCGGGCCACGUGUCGCGGCCCUUCCUCGCGGCCGAAACAUACUGGCUCAACGGGCCGCGGCUCGCCGAGGCGCUGCGCGUCGAGCGGCCCCGCGGCUGGCUGCGCCGCUGCUACUUCUCCGUCCUCGUGCUCGGCCAGUGCCUCUUCUUCGCCGCCAUGAGCUACUCGCACAAGUGGGUGCCGCGCUGGGACGCCGCACGCCGCGAGAGGCUGCGCAGGACGCUGUACGACAUCACCGUCCGCCGCGGCGAGCUCGGCGCCCUGGGCGCCGAGACGGCCUUUGAGUUCCAGUACGUGCCCGUGCUCGACACGAUGGCCACCGAGGUGGGCACGCUCGACGAGGCCAUGCGCAGGGGCCGCGAGCUCGGCGUCGGGAGCCACGAGCGGCGGAGUCUCUGGACGCUGAGCGUCGCCGGCGUCGUCGUCGGCUGCGGCAGCUGGGCCGGAUGGCUGUGCUUGAGGGGGGGUGUGCGUGCUCUCGUGGGAUUGAUGAGAUGA